GCACUACAAUUCCCGGCAUGCUCAGGGCGAAGGAAGGGAGAGGAGAAAGAGAAAGGCCGGCGUGCUUAUGGACGUCGCUUUUUAAAAAAAUGUUCUUUUUAUUUUGAACUGCAAAAUGCGAAAACCCAUCUGGCUAAAAGAAAAACAUUUUUUCUCCUAGAGGCAUAGUUUGCAAGAUGCUGCGGUGCUAGAAAUGUGCUAAAAUUCCGAGUCUAGGGAUCGAUUCCGGAAGCAACUGUCCACUGUGACUUAUGGCGACCCUAUGAAUCAGCGACCUCCAAGAGCAUCUGUCACGAACGACCCUGUUCAGAUCUUUUAAGUUCAGGAAGUGAUACUGCUUAUCUUUCAGAAAUCUCCUCCCCGUUCCCGAGCCUCCCCUCCAGAGGACGUGUUUGAAGAACAGACCCACUGAGGCCUCUGAAAGGUGCCCUUAAAAUAUUUGCAGGGCCAGCGUAUUAAUAUAAGUUGCACUCGGGGGACCCUAACCCUUUGGACAGUACUCCCAAGAUAGCAGCAGUAGCAUAGCUGUGAAGUUCGCAGUUCCUAAGUGCAAAGAGCAGACAUGGAGAAAGGUUUAGAGGGCUCAGGUAAAGUCCCUCGCAUUGUCCAGGUGAUGUACUUCAAAGGGCUCCCAAGACAGGUGAAUCAGCAGCCCGACAUGGGGUUGCCCCAGCAGUGGGAAGCCCAGUGGCAAGAAUUUCUAAAUACGCUGCAACCGGGAAGGAUUAAUUCAUUGCUGACAGAGCAGGUGCCCUGGGACGAUGCAAGGGCAUUUCUGUCUGCCUUCGAGCAAGUUGCUGAAGCCUGCCGGUGGCCCCGGGAAGAGUGGGUGGGCCGCCUCCUGCCAGCCCUGAGGGGUGGUGUGGAGCAGUUCUUUUGCCGGCUGGAUCCCCGGGAAAGGGGGGACUACCUGAAGGUGAAGGCUGCCAUCUUGCGGGCGGACACUUUCUGCAGGGAGUCGAAGCGCCAGCACUUCCGCCAGUGCAGCUACCAAGAGCUGGAAGGGCCGCGCCGGGUUUACAGCCAGCUCCAGGAUCUCUGUCGUCAGUGGCUGAAGCCGGAGAAGCACACGAAGGAGCAGAUUCUAGAGUUGAUCAUCCAGGAGCAGCUUCUGGCCAUGUUGCCACCAGAAGUCCAGAACUGGGUGAAGGAGCGUGGGCCGGAGGACUGCAUUGAGUUGGUGGCUCUGGCCGAGGACUUCCUGAUGGGGCACCACACAGCCAGGACGUGGGACUGGCAGGUGCCAGCCACAAGCUCCCUGGAGGCAGAGGGAGCUCUGUUGGACCCUGCUCAGAGACAGCUCUACGUGGGGGUCAGUCGGAAGGGUGAUAAGGACCUUGGCGUGAUGGCCAGUGAACUGGUGUCUACAAGGAAUUCUGCUGCCAUGCUUCCUCCUGAGGGACAGGAAAUGGUUGGCGUUGGACUAACUGAGGAGCCUGAGGAUGUGAAGGAUGUGAAACCUCUACACUGGGAAAUCAUGCGGGAGACUGGCGGUAGCAGCAGUACUUCAGAAGGACUUGUCAUUUCCACACCUGAGAUGAUCUCCCAGCCUGAACAUCAGGAAGCUCAUGUCCAGAGAACUGAGCACAGGGAGUCGGUUCCAGAUAACCUGUUAGGUGGUAGACUUCUGAGCGAGAUCAAAACUGAGAAUUCCCAGGAGGAAGAUAUAGAGACCGAAGACAGCUUUGAGGCAUUCCCAAGAGAUUACCCAGAAGCUGAUUCCAUGAGUCUCGAGGCUUCUGAGUUUAGUCCUGAAGGAAACCCAGGUGAGGGUCAGGGAAAGCGCACUCGAAGACGGAGGAAAUGUGUGAAAAGGAAAGGCAGAUAUUAUCCACCGGAGAAAAAGCACAGUUGUUCUCAAUGUGGGCACAAGACCUAUUACUUAUCUGAUAUGCUUAGACACAUAAACACGCACUUGAGAAAAGGGCCGUACAAGUGCCUUCAAUGUGGGAAAACCUACAAAGAGAAAUCAUCAUUGGAGUCUCACCAGAGAAUCCACACACCCUCAGAUGACUCCAGCAGCAACAAAAGGUAUGGGACAAGAACUUCAAAUGUUCAAAUGCGACAACAGCACACGUGCCCCACGUGUGGACUAAGCAAAGCUACCCAAGAGAGCCUCGCUGAGCAUAUGAAAGUCCACACAGAAGAGAAACCUUACGACUGCCCAGAGUGUGGCAAAACCUUCCGGUGGAAGUCGAAUCUUUCUAGACACCGGGGGCUCCACACAUACCGAAAAAAGUUUUCAGCGCAUUCUGGAGCGCGCGCAGGUGCUGAUGGGCCAAGUACUACUGAAAACAAUUCUCUGCUGCUGCAGCUGACCAAAUCAGGGUCCACCGAUGCUGCUUCGCUGAGCCCCGAGAUCUAUAGAGCAAGCCCCGCUUCGAAUCUACGUCCAAGGAAACCUCAAGGGCAGGGUGUGUCUCCUUCUCUGUAUAGGACAAAGACUGUGAGGGUGGUGCUGACUAAACUUGCAAACCUUCGCAAAGGGAGAAAACACACCUGCCCUGAAUGCGGGCACAGCUCUGAAAGAUUAUCAGAGGUCAUUAGUCACAUGAGAGUCCACACAGGAGAGAGACCCUAUCAGUGCACUGACUGUGGGAAAACCUUCCGGUGGAGAUCGAACCUUAAUCAACACCGCAAAAGAAAUGCAUGUCAACAAAAUAGGAUUGUUACAGACGCCUCUCUUGAACACAGUCAGAUAACACCAGGUGAUGAGGAUUCUCAGCCCGAGAUCAAAACAGAAGACCUGUUUGAGACAUCUCCGGAAGCUGUUUUGAUGAGUCAUGAGUCCACUUCGAGUGAACAUCAGGGAGAGUCCAGUCCAUCUGGGAGUGCUGCUAUGGCGAGAUCAGCGAAGUAUCAAAAAAAGGAGCACUUCUGCUCAGAAUGCGGAUACCGGGGUAGGGCCUUAUCAGACUUGAUUAACCAUACAAGAAUCCAUACUGGAGAAAAGCCCUAUGAAUGCCAUGAAUGUGGGAAAGCCUUUGCAUGGAAAUCAAACUUGAAGUCACACAUGAAGAAACACCACGUCUCCUCCCGUCAAAAGACACCCAUUCCUGAUGCCUCUGUUUCUGACACCCCUUUUGUUCCUUCAGUCUCUGUUGCAGAAUGUGACGUCACUCUUAGCGAUGAUGAGGAGUUAAUUAACAUCCUGGCAAAGGCCCGUCAGAGGGGAGGAGCUAAACCAGGAAGCCGGAUUGAGAGAUCAUCGGGGAAAUCCCCAGGUCAUGAUUCCCUGGCUCAAAAGGCUGCCAAGAUCAAAGCCAUGUCCAAGCUACAUCCAAAGGAACGAGGAUCUACCCGUCUUCAAAGAAAAGCCAUGGCUGUGAAGAAAAGCAGAUAUGAGUCGCUAGAGAAAAAGCAUGAGUGUCCAGAAUGUGGGCAUAGAACCUACUACUUAUCGGAUCUGCUGAGACACAUGAAAACCCACACAGGCAUUGUGGAGCCAAGUAAGAUGAUGACAAUGAAACCUCUGGUGAUUAAAAUGGGCAAUGCUCCCCCAACAAUAACCCAUAUAGAUGAUUCUGUGUUGACGGCGCUCCGUGAGCGAUGGCGCCUUUCCAAACAGCAGCAAAGGGCGAAACAAGGAGAAAGCUGCAGUGCUUCCGCUGAAGGUGCCAAGGACAGCCCUGCCGAAGGUGCCAAGGACAGCCCCGCCGAAGGUGCCAAGGACAGCCCCGCCGAAGGUGCCAAGGACAGCCCCGCCGAAGGUGCCAAGGACAGGCCCGCCGAAGGUGCCAAGGACAGGCCCGCCAAAGGUGCAGAACAUGCUUCUGCUGAAGGUACAACAGACGGCUCCAUCAACAGUGCAAAAGAUGUCGCAGAGAAAGAAGCGGCAGUCCGCGCAAUGUUGGGAAGGUUUGCAUAUUCCAAAAGUGGGGAGUCAAAUCACAGUCAGUCGGAGCUAAAUGCCAGUCAAACGGCCGAGGUGGGAGAGAAGUCUCCUUGUUGUUUGUGUUCUGUUUGUGGGAAAUGCUUUGACAGCAAACAACACUUUGAUGACCAUCAGAAUACUCACGCGGAGGAGAGGCCAAACGAGAGCCACGAGUCUGGGCAGUGUGUUCCGUUGAAGGACAAGGUGCUUUCCUAUGAGAGCAUUCACACGGAGGUGAAACCAUAUCAUUGCUCUGAGUGUGGGAAAGAUUUCUUUCGGAAAGAGUUCUUGGCAGCCCACCAGAAAACCCAUGGCUUUGAGUGCAGUAAGCGCUUUGACGAGGGAGAUCUGCUCAGGAGGCAAGAGCAAACGCACACAGAACAAGAUGCUUAACUAAUGCCGCUGGGUGCGGGUGAGGUGUCAGUUGGAGAGAUGGGAUGGAUGGCUGAAACACACAGGAAAGAAAAGCAAUCCACCUCCAAUCUAGUUGUGAGACUUUGCCCCAAGUUGUCCCACUGACUAUCCCAGGGAUUUGGAACCAGGGGCCCUCCAGAUUUUGUUGGACUUCAACUCCCAUGAUCCCUGGUUGUUGGCCAAACUGGCUGAGACUGAUGGGAAUUGGAGUUCAGCAGCCUCAGGAAGGCCACCUGUUCCUCAACCAUGAACUGUCCUGUCCUAAGGAGGCGUAACUCAGAAGCAAGACCUGCUGACAGCUGUGGUAAGUAUAUAUUUAGGGUGCUGUUGUGAGCACAGGUCACAGAGAACUGCACUGAGUUGAGGCUUACUUCUGAGUAAGCAUGGAUAGGACCAGGCUGCACCACCGCAAGCAUUGAAAUUAUUUGCAGUCCUCUCUCUUAGUCUCUAAAAGGGAGUGGCAUGAGAAAUUAAGAAGUCAAAAAUCUUUGUUCUGCAACCCUUUUGGGAGUGGUGGGCAUGGUGGUGGUUUUAAGUAUGAUUGCCAUCUUUUUUACUGGCCCUUGCUCCUCUGCUUUCAGUGUCUGCAGAUAUUUUCAGGUAGAAAUGGUCAUUCUCUGUACUUCAAUGGUGGGUUAAAGGCUCAGUAGCAAGCGAGGCUGUAUAGGUCCUGAUCAGCUGACGACCUUGUCUUGGACUUCACACUUGUAACAUAAUACCCCUCGCUCUCUUCCUACCUCUUUCCCUUCAGCUUUCCUGAAUCUCCACUUCUCCUUUUGCCUCAUGACUACUCUUUUUAAUAUUCUAGGCUUGUAGGCAAGGGCCCCAGUUAGUUUAUAUGCUCUCUUUUAGUAGGUUGUAGACAUAAGAACAAAUGGAUUUGACCCAAGAUCCACGUAGGUUAGCAUCCUGUUUCAGAAGCCCGUAAGCAAGACAUGGACAAUAGUCCUCCCCCUGCAGCUGCCUUGUUAGCAGCUGUUAUUCAGAGGUGUUCUGCCUCUGAACAUGGAGGUUCUAUUUAGCUUGCCUGGCUAAUAGUCCUCGAUAGCCAGUUUCAUAGAAAUAUUCAGGGAUGGCAGGAAGAUAUGGGGGUGGGGGGAAAAGUGUUGUAUAAUUUUAUUUGUGUCCUGGUGCUGUUGAAGGCAUAAGUGCAGGGGAGUUGGGAAGUACCGUAGCUAUAUAUUCGGGGGGAGGGGUUGUAUGUCUAUGCUAGAAAGAAAUGCAAAACUUUUAAACUUGGGAGGCCUGCAGCGCCACGUUGCUUGUAUAAAUUGUGGCAGCUGUGGACGAAUGUGUGGACAUAAAUUCUCAUCAAUAAAGAAUUUUUCAAUUUUAAAA